CGGCGUCUUGGUGCAAAUGAGGCUCCGCUUAUGGUACAAUUGAAUUGGGCGUACGAUGAACGUGAGGUUCGUUUUAUUCUACGUGACGAGUCCAAACCGAUGCCCUCAGCUCGAAGCAACCAUGCCCUGGAAGUAAGUUUUGUCUGA